AUCAUCUCCUCACAUGGAUUCAGACAACAAUCACAUGUGUGAGUGCAAAUAUCGGAAUCAGCAUCCGCAUCAGUAUCGGCAUCGCUAUCUCCAAAAACAUCCUAGUCGUUGUUGUUGAGCCAAAGAAAUAGACAGAGAAGCGGAAGAAGAACGUUGACUUUUCCUAUUUCCAUCCUCUUCUUCAGUCAAAAUUAUACCUCCACCUCUGAUACAAUCGCGCAGUCUCAACUGGUUAGUCAACAAUAUUCUUACAACUCUUUCAAUUUCCAAAGUAUUCAUUAUUGAUUUUUAGAGAAUCUCUACACAGACAACAUGAGUGUAGAUCUAAAGAAAACUGCCUCUAACGGGCAUGAGAAAAUGUUAAUACCACAAGAGCAGCAGGGAAAGAUCAAUGAGAUGAGAAGAUUAAUAGGGCCACUGUCUGGUAAGGCAUCAGUUUAUUGUUCUGACACAUCCAUCUCAAGGUAUUUAAGGGCACGGAAUUGGAAUGUCAAGAAGGCAGCUAAAAUGUUGAAGCAGACCCUAAAAUGGAGAGAAGAAUAUAAACCAGAAGAGAUCCGCUGGGAAGAUGUUGCUCUUGAAGCAGAGACAGGAAAGAUAUAUAGAUCAAAUUAUGUUGACAAAUAUGGGAGAACAGUACUUGUAAUGAGACCUGCUCGUCAGAACUCAAAGUCAACUAAAGGACAAAUUAAGUAUUUGGUGUACUGCAUGGAGAAUGCUAUACUAAAUCUACCACCAGAACAAGAACAGAUGGUUUGGCUGAUUGAUUUCCAAGGUUUCAACAUGUCACAUAUAUCUAUCAAAGUAACACGCGAAACUGCCCAUGUAUUACAAGACCAUUAUCCUGAACGCCUGGGUCUUGCAAUACUGUACAAUCCACCAAAAAUCUUCGAACCAUUCUUCACGAUGGUAAAGCCCAUAUUAGAGACCAAGACUUAUAACAAAGUCAAGUUCGGUUAUUCUGAUGAUCAGAAUACCAAGAAGAUUAUGGAGGAUUUGUUUGAUUUGGAACAUCUUGAAUCUGCAUUCGGUGGGAAUGACAAUACACCAUUUGACAUAAAUAAAUAUGCCGAGAGAAUGAAAGAGGAUGAUAAGAAGAUUCCAGCUUUCUGGACAAGGGAAAACUCUCUGCCCUCAGUUCCAAUUGAUGUUCCUUCUUUAGAUUCGAUAAAAUUAGAAACGGAUUCGGAUGCUUCUGACAACGAGAAAAUAGUUCUUUCCACUGAUCCAGAGACGGGUACUGAUCAAAACUCGGUUAAUCAAGGGGAUCGGAAUGCAAGUGCUGGUAUGCAUUAGAAAGAGAAAUUACACAACUCGAGAGCCUUUGAAAUUAUAUAUAGGCACUGAGGUAAUACAAUGCUGUGACAUUAUUUUCUUGCUUGAAAUUUAGAAUCAAGAGACUUUUUGUUAACUUGAUGGUAUAUUUAAGAUGACAGAUGGAUUUUACUUACUGGAUUGAAGCUUCUGACCUUUUAUAAAUGGGUAUGGAAUGCUUGCUUGUGCCUCUUGCAGUAAAAGUUAACUCUGCCAAGGUUUUCUAUUUCAAACAGCUUCGAUAUUAUGCUACAUUUGAUUUAUUGAUAUGGAAUAUGUUUUGUUAGACUCA